CUACGUGACCAGAGCGCGCUCACGCUGCGACGCUUGGCCGGCUGCUCCUGACCGCAUGAGCUCCAUCAUCCAGCCGCAUCGAUCUCAUCAUCCACGUCCUCUCAGCCUUUCCUAACGACCUUCAGCCUCUUUAGCUCAACGCUUUUCUUUGUCUCUUCCCCCUCUUUGAUGAUCUGCUGCUGUUUGGGAGGAAAAACGGGGACCAGCAUCAGCAUCACUGCGGACCCAUCUGCUGGGACAACAGCUAAUUCUUUCCUUUCUUUGUUAUCUGGCUCGCAUCGCAUCUAAGGUCCAUGGCGAAAACCAACGCGUCAUCCAACGCAGUGACAGGUGAAAAGAUGGCCCCACCAUCCAUUUCUCUGCUUCCUGAGAAGAAAUCUCCAACAAAUGGUGACAGCUCUCCUGUACGAACUGGAAGAACAACUCCAUCAAACGCAGAGAAGAAGCCACACAUGAAUGGACAUGCCUCCCCUUCACAUCUAACUAGUAACAAUCAUGGAGGGAAACAAAGUCAGGAGGGCUACAUGAAAACUGAUGACAGGAUGCGUUUAGCCAAAGAGAGACGCGAGGAGAGGGAGAGAAGUCUGGGUAGGUGGAUGCCCUGUCAGAGUUUUCCUUUUUAAAGUUUGUCUGUGAUGUAAUCUCCA